UGCCUGCGGCAGCAAAUGGGCACAGAGGGCGGUGUUGUUGCGGGUUACCGGCGGUUUAACUGACCAAGGGUCCGGAAUAGAGUAGAUGCUAGAAUCGGUGCUAGCUGCUGCUGCUGUGUAGGGAGAGCGAAGUAGAGGUGAGCCGGGGCCGCUUAUAUUUCUGUAUCACAUCAUGGAUGACGCUGGGAUGGCAGAAGCUCGGUGUGUAUUUAGGGGCAUAGAGCACAUACUGCGUGUCCGUGACGCUGGCGACCGUCUUGAAGUGGAAGUGGAGGACGCUCUGACGACUGACCAAUGGAGGGGGGAGUUCGAUGCUGAAUUUAUAGAAGACCUCACUCACAAGACUGGGAACUUCAAGCAGUUCUCCAUCUUUUGCAACAUGCUGCACUCUGCCCUCAUUCAGACCAGUGAAUCUGUAACACUUGACCUCCUGACCUAUGCUGACCUGGAGUUGCUACGUCAUAGGAAAGCAGGAGGAGCCCAGCGACAAGCGCCCGCAGCCAGAAGCUCCACCCUCAGCUCCAAGCGAUACUUGAUACUUAUCUAUUCAGUGGAAUUUGACAGGAUACAUUAUCCUCUCCCUCUUCCGUAUGUUGGUAAACCAGACCCUGUGUACUUGCGACAAGUGAUCCGAGGGUUGAAGGAUGAGCUGGCUGCUCUGAAACUGGUGUCAAAUGAUGAGAACAGGGAGCCUGAGAUCCGGCAGCUGCAGGAAGAGCUCCAACGUAUGACCGAGGAAAAGAGAGAGGCUGAUCUUGCGUUACAGCGGCGGCAGGACCUAGAAAUUCCCAAUGGUAAAGAAACCAGUCACAUACGUGUCCUGAAGAGAGCGGUACAGACUUUGGAGAUGGAGCUGCAGAAGGAGAGGAGCAGGAGUCAGCGGCUGGCCAGCAAGAGGAGGGAGGAGUGCCAGCAGCUAACAGAGCAGCUGGAAGAAGCGCGAGCUGUGGAGCGCACACUUUGUCUGAAGGUGAAGAGUCUGACCACAGAGCUGGCGAUGUACAAGAGAGGACGUGUGACACCUACUGGCCCUUCCUCUCAGAGUCGGUCCAGCUCUGCCGGUAGGGGACCCAUUCACCGUAGUACUUCUAGGGGAGAGACUGGCACAAGAAGGGAGCGGUCCACGUCACGGGAGAGAAGUGGGCGGAGCUCAGGAGAGGGAAGGAGUCUCGCUAGGCAGCCAAGAUUAUCACCAUCUCCUAUGGCUAUCCGCCCCCCGCGGUUUGAUCCUACAGCUUACAUCCGAGACAAAGAACGCAAAAAGAAAGAUGCAGACUUGAAGAAAGGUCGGCAGGCCUUGGCAUCCCCAUCCAGUAUGAGAGGUCAGAGGCGCAGCUCGUCAGUUGAGAGUCUUCGAAGUCACAGAUCCUAUCAAAGCUCUGGGGAUGAAAUGGAGUAUGCAGAGCCGCUUCCAAGCAGCGGGGACAGAAAGCUGGCUACACGUGGUAGAAAACCCUUUGCUCAUUCAUCCUGGAACAGCCGCAACAGGGGAAAUAGAGACCGGUCUGCAGGGAAAAAAAGGCUGUCCAGCACCCCAAACUAUGACCGUAAAUCUGAGAAAGAGAAUCGCUUUGACCCGGCUUCAGACCUCUCUGACAUUGAUGCCCGACUGCAAGCUCUGCAGGAUUACAUGAGAAAUCUGGAUACUCGCACCUAGAGCGGAAGCUCUAAGAUAGAGAUCUGAUCGGUUCCGGUAACGUCUAAAGCCGUAUGACUGUUUGAACAAGGUCUGUUAAGAAACCAGGUCUGGUUUAUUCCCACAAUAAAACUGGCUGACAGGCGCUUCUCUGCCAGCGGACUUCAGACACUAGAAGGUUUUGAAAUGUUCUCAUUUUGCUAAAUGAUACGCAAUCAAAAUGUGCAAUUCAGAGGACUAUGCAACUAACUGGAGGCUUUUCCUUCAUACCUAACCAGCACUGCAUUAUGUAACUUGCCGGAGUGUGGAUGGAGCCUGGUUAGUCAUGUUGCUGAGUUCACCAUUUCAAGGAUGGACCCGCAAAGUGGAAUAUAAUCUGGGUGGAAUAAGUCAAUGGACCCAUAGCUUCAAGAAGUUUCGGCACACAUGUGUUUUUUGGUUUUUGGAAACGGAUCUGACUUGGAUAAAUGAAACCAUAAAGUACAUGACAGACUAUCUUCAGUUAAGGAGAGAUGGAGCAAUUUAAGGACAAAUGUGUAAAGAAGUGUAUACUCCCCUUGUACGGAUCAGUAGAACCUAUGUGUGUUUAUGACACUUAUUUUAUUGAAUGUUUUUGGCUGGUGGAUGGGAAAAUGUUUUUAAAUGUGAGAGAUUUUAUUUAUUGGACUUUUAUUUUAAUGUCCUGAAUGAAAUUUGAAAGAUU